UCUUCCUUCCUUCCCUCCCGUCCGAUCCGGCUAUAAAUUCCCCUCCCCCUCCCCUCUCCUCCCCCACACAUCCGAUCCAAUCCAGUCCCCUCUCCGACCUCACCGGGAAACCUCCCAUCGAAGCGAAGCCAAGGCUCUCUCCUCCUCCUCCUCAAGAUGCAGAUCUUCGUGAAGACCCUUACCGGCAAGACCAUCACACUUGAGGUCGAGUCCUCUGACACCAUCGACAAUGUGAAGGCAAAGAUCCAGGACAAGGAGGGCAUUCCCCCGGACCAGCAGCGUCUCAUCUUUGCUGGCAAGCAGCUCGAGGAUGGCCGCACCCUUGCAGACUACAACAUCCAGAAGGAGUCCACCCUCCAUUUGGUGCUUAGGCUCCGUGGUGGUAUGCAGAUUUUCGUCAAGACCCUGACCGGCAAGACCAUCACCCUGGAGGUUGAGUCCUCGGACACCAUUGACAACGUCAAGGCGAAGAUCCAGGACAAGGAGGGCAUCCCCCCGGACCAGCAGCGCCUGAUCUUUGCUGGUAAGCAGCUUGAGGAUGGCCGCACCCUGGCGGACUACAACAUCCAGAAGGAGUCCACCCUUCACUUGGUGCUCCGUCUCCGUGGUGGCCAGUAAAGCUCCUGGCCAUGGAGCUCUGCUUCGGUCUCUGGGUCCGCAAGUCUCGUCUUUGGUGUCCUUCAUUGAGUCUCGUUUGUGUCUGCGGUUGCCUGAUCCUGUCUUUGUUUCUGUACCGUACAUUGAUGCAGUGUUACCAUUUGUAUCUUCGAACUUCUGCUGGUGUGCAGCAGCUUUGGUGAACAAUGAAUAAGUGAGCCUGAAUUCAGUUUGUCUUUGCUGUUGUGUUA